UAUUGAAAAUGCUCAGAGCAGACAUGUCUGUAACUUCGGAAUAGUUACACGGAAAUCGUCGCUUUUCGGAAUGUUUUCUUUUUUGGAGACAGCCUUGUACUCAGCGCCGGAGGUCGCAUAUACUUUUCCAAGGAUAUAGAAGGUAAUUCGUUGCUCGAAUGCUGCGAUUUUCGAGGAAACCUUCAGCCAAAGGUAAGCAUCUACUCUGCGGCUAGCCUGCCCUGUUCAAAACGGAAGCCUUUGCAAGUGAAAUUUAAACGUUCCUUGUGUUUCAAUAUUUUCUCACACAUUCACGUCUUGUCGUUAAUAUGAUUUUUGAAGUGGCUGUGUGAACAAAGUUUGCAAAGGAGGUUGUUUUAACAUAGCGAGUACUCAGCGUGUACUGUACAUAUUAAGUUGACAGUACAAAUCAGAGCACGUUGUCUUUCGUACUAUAUACAGUCAGCUGUUUUUUCAUCCUCUACUGCUAUUUUUCUCUUCGCUGUAGCAUUCAGUAUGGUAUAUACAAAAUUUUGAGAAAUUUUUUACAAACAUGUAUCUUAUUUCAUUAAGCAGCUUGUAUUAUCGUGAACUACGUGCCUUGCGCUGUAGAUUUUGGAUUAAGAUUAAUUAGCAAUAAAAAUUAAUUCUCAGACAUUUUGCGUAUUGAUCUUAAUGUUGCAUUUAUGAACGAGGAUUUCUGAUGAUUACUUGAAAGAAGAAAUUAUUAUGUAAUUUAAAAGUCAAGGAAUGAAAUUCUAAUGAAAAUUGUCAGUUGUCAGAUUGGGGUAACACAGUCCACAUUUUGUCCUAGUUCUGCUGAUGUCCUCUAAAAAGCUGAAUUCAUCUCGCCAAUAUAUAAUUUACUAGGUUAAAUACUGCAGCCUCAAUUAAAGUUUUAGGGCUUUUUGUAGCUAUAUGUAAUCAAUGAUGGUGUUUAUUCCAAAGUCUUAUUCAUCAAAUCAUGGCAAUAAUUACAAUAAAUCAUUGGUAAUUAUUAUGUGGAAUGUGGACAUGUUUUAAGUUUUCAAUUAUAUUAUAAGCUGAAUUUUACAAAAGUUUUGAUUGUUUCUAUGUCACCAUGGGUUUUUUAAGUCAUAGAUCACUGAAGAUGUCAAUUGUGGUGAGAACAUCAUUGACACACUUGGCUGUUCAUUAUGUGCUAUUUUUUUGUUCUUACCACAUUUUGACCUGGGAAUGCAUAAUCAUGAAGCAGUCUUUUAAAUGCUUUUUCUGAGAGGUAUUUUAGAUGUGAGUGUUAGGGUUAGGCAGGUUAUUUUAAGAUGUUCCAUUUUUUUGGAGAGAUUAAGUGUAAUGUAUAAUCUUUGUUUUUUAAUUUUUCAGAUAAGCAGGCAAAAGGGAAGAACUCUAAACCUGGAAAAAGUAAAGGAAAAAAUAAGCAGCCAGUUGUACCAGUUGAAACCAGAGAUGGAAGAAAUAACUUGAUUGGGAGUAAGUGUUGUGAACUGUAGCAAAGAACAAUAAUUACUUCUAGAGGUUAUAUUAUUCUUUCUUCCCUGUAACCUAUCCAGUCAAAAAUUGCUACAAAUUUGACCACAGUGUCUUUCCUUUUGAAUGCUGCUCAUUAAUCUGACUCUAAACACAAACCUCAACUUGUGGUUUUCCGACAGCUGCUGCACUGGUUAUCAUAAAAAAAAUCCUACAUCACCAUACCUUGGAACUUAAAGCAUAACAUGUAUGUGCAGCAUCAAGUUCAAAAUGGAAAAUGGUUUUCUGUCCUCAAAAAAUGGAAAAUUUUGAGAUUUUACAGUCUUCUUUUGCAGAGGCGGUCAAAGAAAUAUGCAAAGUUUUAAAAUGUACCAUCUGUGCUGAGCUAUUGUUCUUCCCACAAGAUCUUUUGUUUUGCCAUUUUCUCUUUGCAGUUACUAUCAGAGUUUGCUUAAGAUCUUAAAUAUUUGUAGUGAUGGCAUCCAAAGUAAAAUUGCUUGCACUUUGUAGUGGCAUUCGUUUAAUUUGACAAUUGGCCCAAUAAUUCAUAUAGCAGAUAGUUGGCAAAUUCCUUAAAUGCACUCUCUUUGCUCUACUCUCUCUAUAGUUCAAGAAUGCAGGAAGUUGCUGGCAAGCAUUUCAAAGAAGAAGUCUGCCAAGGUAUUACACUGGAAUAUAUUUUUCACUGCAUUUUAAUGUGAUUUUAAAUUUGUCAUGGAGGUUGUUGUACAUGUAGAGGUUGGAGCAGGGGGAUCUCCCUGAAACAACAAUUUUUUUUCUGGGGUGGCAAGCCUAGUAGGUUUUGAUGUGGAAAUGAUCAUAGGUCAGAGUAGUAUGAAAUUGGCUCUGCAAAAAAUUUUUUUUAAAUUUGGUAUUGGACCAAUUGAUAAUCUCCCUACUUGAUAUUUUCUUUAUUCUCAUCACUUUUCUGCUUAAUAUUGUACUGAUUUGUAAGGAGAAAUUCUGUCUUGGUCACUCCUAGGAGUUAAAGGGUUCAGCUUUGUUACAAAGAAAAAGAUGAAAUGCACUGUUGAGGUUUUGAAAAGGGCGGGUUUGUGCCUCUGAAUUACAGAAAGGAUAAUUUGGGAAAUUUAAGUAGGGGUAUACAACUUGUGGAUAACACUAAAUAUUGCUUUUUUUAAUUCCAGUGUGUGGCGACAUUUCGAAGAAGGUCACAGUUGUCCAAGACUCUAGUGGAAGUGCUCAUGGAUGACAGUGUUUUACCUUAUUUCAUGGAAUACAUGCAAAAGCAAAAUGCCACAAAUUUGUUAAACUUCUGGCUUACUGUAGAGACAUUCAAAUUAUCAACUAUAAAUCGUUUGAGAAUAAAUACUAUGUCGCAGUUAAAGUCUUCAAAAGGGGAAAGUGUUAAUGCCAUCGGAGAUACUAGUGACGGCACAUCUGAUUCUUCUCAGUUACAUACUCUAAAAAAUUCAGUAGAUGAUGCUUACCUUUCAAGUGGGACAACAAAUCAAUUGUGCUCUGUGGAGGAUGAUGAGUUUGGUGACUUCACCGGUUAUAGGCCAGAACCAUUCUCAGCUGUUCAUUCCAUUUCAAAGGAUGCUAGUGAUAGUUUGUUGUUGUGCAAAAACUGUGGACAUUUGAUCAACCUUUCCUUGUCAAAGAAGGAUGUAUGUAAUCACUGUGGACAUAACUUUGAUUACAAACAAACCAGCAAUUGUGCUGUCGGAUCUAAUGAAUCCUUUGGCUCUAAUGAGCAACAGACAAUUAUGAAUAGUAGUUUAGAAAAUGGUAUUAAUCAACCAGACUGUAGUAAUCAGUCACUAGUCAACAAUCAGGGUUCUUUAAAGAUGAAAGAAGGAGUGCGAACAUCUAAAGUUACGUUUGAUUUAAGACCAGACUUUGAGGAUGGAGAACGUAGUUUUCGUCGGAGAAGAACACGAAGUAUUGUCAUCGAUGCUAUUAGUAUUUAUAGCAAGUACAUUUCACUUGAAGCAUCAAAUCCAUUAGGGUUGGAGGAGUCAAUUCGAAGACAGAUUGAAAGUGAGUCGUAUGACUUUUAUUUUCUAUCUGAUUUUUAAAUAGGAUUUAUAAUUCCUGAAAAGGUUGUAAUUCUAUUUUGUCGCAUACAAACAGUUAAUAUCUGCAGUGAAGAUGGAAAGAUUUCUUCAGAUUCCUUUCAACCAGCUCAAAAGUUUGCAUUUGAUGUUAUGGAAAGAAUGUAAGUUUUCAUUCUUGUUGUCUUUUACACAGUCAAACAUAUUUUAUAUCAAUAUCACUAACAUUGCUAAAGAAGUGUUAAUGUGGUAUGCUAAGCCUUGAUUGAAAGUAUUUAGGAUUGUAAUAAGGCCUUGUGAAUGCAACUAUUUCUGAAGCUUUGCUUUUGUUGUUGCAAUUUUACCAUUUUGUUGAAGAUAUCAUUAAGAAGAAUGCAGUAUUUCAUUUUUCCUUUCACCAUCUAAUCAAGUCGCAAUCCAAUUCAAUCAUGAUAUUGGGGUAUUAAUCAAAACUAUAAUAACAUUCUUGAAUGUGAUUGGUUAACACCAGCCUGAUUUGAGCACUAAAAGGACAGUGUACAUAUCAUGCUUGUCAUUGGAUAAUGUGAUGGGACAGUUAAAGGAACAGUUAAUCCGUCAUGUGUGUAAGUGGACAGAAGGCAUCACAUGCACAUGCUGUUGUCUUGCAUUAUUUCCCUGAUAACUUUUGUUUCUUUUUUUGUGAAAACAUAUAACUGAUGUCUUGUUUCUCUCUGAAAUUUUGUCAUAGUCUUGAUUAAUUGGUAACAGGACUUUGUGUCCUCCAAUUCUGUCUAAUCUUACUUGUGAUUAACAAAUCAGACUCUCACUUCACAUUCAUCCAAUUUUGUUAAUCACUCAUAUGAUUAGAGACCAAAUUGGACUCCUCUUAGUCCUGUUACCAGUAAUCAUAGUGAUCUUGUUGUUUUUGUCUUUUUUUUAUAGGUACUUCCCUGCUUUUCUUGCCAGUCCUUUUUAUUGUAAGCAUCAAAUUGAUAUCUUAACAAGUGGAAAAGUGUUUCUCUCAGACAUUUUGUACAAUCAAAAUGCCAUGUUUUAUUUUAUGGAGGUCAGUACUUUUUGUAAAUUUAUUGUGAUGUGAUUUAGGUUGUCAACAAAUUUGAAAGUAGAAGGCCUAAAAAGAAAUGAUAAUCAACCAAGUUUUUAUUUCCUUUUCAGUAUCUAGAACAAGAAGGAACUCAACAUAUGCUGGAGUUCUGGCUAACAGCGGAUAAUUUUCAGUCUCACUUAGAAUCCCAAAUCCAAAUCAACCAGUACAGUGCACAGCAUGCUCUGAGUGAUGCUAUGAUUAUAUAUGACAAGUAAGUGUACUGCUACAUCCUUCAUUUCCAAUUAGUCUAGUUUCACAGGCAAUUUAACAGAUUUAAACUUCCACAAAUGGUUACAUACAGCUGUUUGCCAAAAGCUUGUUGGAAAAAACACAAAAGUGCAUGUGAAAACCUUGGAAGGCAUUGUGGGUUGUUUUCAGGUCAUGGCUCCUUGAGCUAAGGUUUUCGUGGAAAUCUUAGAAAACAUCACUGCAAGGAAGAAGCAUAGUACGUUUGAUGAAUUUAUUUUGUUUGCAAGACUGACUUUCAUUUCUAUACCUGAUGAAAAAGAAUUAAAAAAAAGGUGAACAAGGAAAACAAUGUGAACUUAACAAGAGCAGAUUUGAGAUGAACUAAAGGAUAAUGUUUACUUUGUAAUAUUCUAUUGUUUUGUUCCUCUUGUAUUCAUGUGCAUGUCAGUAUUUAUCCGCAGUUCAUCAGUCCUUUUGUCCAAAUUUAUUUGUUUCACUUAUUAAAAUUCAUUGAUUACCAGAUACCCUAAUUGAGAUUGUGGCUUGUACUUUGUCCUUUUUCUAACAACCUUUCUGCCAACAGUUGUAUGCACCCAUCCCAUGACUUAUAUUUAAGGUAGAUUGCCCAAUCUUUUGUAACAUUUCACAAUGCUGAAUUUAUGAUGCAUUUGUAAACCACUGUAGGUAUUUUUCCAUGCAAGCAACUGUACCUCUUGGUUUUGAUGAUGUUACAAGAAUUGAGAUAGAGAACUGUAUUUGUCGUGAAGGUGGCCCUCUACCAGAAUGCUUUACAAAACCCAUGGAACAUGUCCUUUGCCUUCUUGAGGAGGUAUUCCACUCGAUCAUAUUAUAGAAGAAAUAGCUGAGAAUUUUGUUGAAAUUUAAUUCCAUAUUGGAAAGGUGAAAUGUUUUGUUGAUGCUUGGCUUUAGCCACAACCCAGUAUCUGAUGGGUAUGUUAGUGGAGUUUCAACAUUGUUCAUCCAUCAUGAAAUAUUUUGUCCUAGAUUUUUGAUGUUCCUUGUAACCUCUGAAAACAUUAAUCUGCUCCUUCCUUCACCAUCCUUGCCCCUUAUUGGUUUGUUCCUACCUCUUUGGUGUUUUGCCUACCCAAACAAAACAAUAAUUUCAUGGGUUUAUUUCCCCCAAAGGGAUUUUAUAGUGAUAAUGUCUGGGAACAUAUUCCUCUUAUCAUAAAAAGGGUUGCACUUUAUGCUCCUGUAGGGAAGUAUGAUGGUUUUUCUCAAAGUGUUAUGCCAAUGUGGAUUGUGAAAUUUCAAUAGCACACUGCAGGUUUCUUUAGGGUAUGAAUGGGCCAAUUGUAGCUGUUAAACACAACUCAAUCACAGCUGAGAAUAAUGGUUCAUAAGGUUGAGAUGCAUCCAGUCAACCUUCAAGCCUGAAGAAGACUCACCAAUUCAUAUACAGCUGUAGGAAGUGAAUACAAUGCGAGACAAAUGAUUAUACUUCAUUGCCAAUAUUCCUCAUAUUCAUAUAAAUUCCUCUGUAAAAUCAUUAAAAUUUUUCAUACAUGUAGGUCGAACAUUGUUCAAAAGAAAGGAAAGGUACUGGGGUUCAGGGGCUGAACCCUUUAACUCCCAAGAUCGGAUUGUUAAUUCUCCCCUUUAGCUGCUACACGUUUCCUUUUAAAUUAGCUAGGAGAAUUUGGUGUUAGUACAAGAAAAACAACCUCUAUGUGAUAAGUUUAAAUAUUCUCAUUACCUGUUUGCUAGACAGUGUAUGGAUAUUAUAGGGAGAUGUUACCUCUCAAUCACUUCAGGGAGUUCAAGGGUGCAAUGUUUUGGUUGUUAAAUGUGUUUAUUCCUGCAGAUGUAUUUUUAAUUUAGUAUGCUGGCUUGAAUUUCAGGUGUUUUUCCCAAGUUUCCUUACAAGCCCAAUCUACUACAAGUACCUCACAGAGCUGCUCAAUUCUGUUAGUGAGAGUCAAUCCUCCCAGACCCUGUCGGCUUCUGUUGGAAGUGAAGAUGAUGUUAGGAGACCUGGUACUCACACAUAUGAAAAUAGUCAUUUAGUGAAGACAACAUUUGGCUCAGACCUUGAUCUUACAGAAGACCCAGAUGCUCUUUGGCAAAGACCUUAUGCUGGGUAGGUCCCUGGGAGAAGUCUGUUUGUCACUUUUGACUGAAGUUCCUCUCUGCUUUAGGCUUUUUUCUUAAAGUAGUUAGUUUUGAAAUAAUGCAUCAUUGUAUGUCUCCAGGAAACAACUUAAGCCAAUGUUGAGUUGCCCACUGCAAGUUAUAUAGCUUCUGUCCAAAGAUGGCUUAUCACUAAGAUGCCUCGUAAAAAGGUCAUUUAAGUGUAGCAAUUAUUUAUUUCAUUUCCAGGCUAUCACUUGGCAAGGUGAAUGAGUUUGGAAUUUUUGAACCAGUCUUUGAGCCUGAACCAGACAGUGGAAAUGGUACCUCCAAAGGUGCGUAUGUCCUGACUAAAGUCAAAAUUAUCAGUCGACAAAAGUACAGCUAAACCUCUGCUAACCUCUUUUUAAUGGCCAUUUCUUCACAAUUGUCAAGCUAUUAGGCACUUAUUCCUUUUUCUAAGGUGGAUGUCUGUCCACAUUUGACUGCAACUACUUGAGUGCAACUACCCUAACAGUGACCCGCAUCUAUUUUCUCCUUACAUUAAUACUCCUAAAGCAUUCAUUAAGAUCAUGAGUAUAAAGGAAAUUAUUGCCAGCCUAAGAGGCUUUCAUCGGUACACGAAUUCUCCUGAUCAGUUCUAAAGGAAAUUUACAGAGAAGAGUAUGGAGAAUUUAGAUACUGAUGUUAGGGUGUAAAGGGUUAAAGGGUGACUGAGUGACAGGCUUGUUGGCUGUAUGGCUGAUAAUUUGAUUGAUUUGUUUAUUGAUUGAUUGAUUGAUUGAUGUUUUUAAAGCUUCCAAGCUUGGGAAGGCCCUAAGGAAGUUGGUGUCUGGAGGAGAAGAUAAGGUAAAAGUCAUUUAGUUUCACAUUACAUUUAGGCUAUUGCUAAUUAAGCAGUAUAUUGGUAGUAUUAGCUGGUGCAUAAAGGGGGUAAGUUUCUAAAGAAACUGUGGUGCUGCGUCGGUUGGGGUCUUGCAAGGUAAUUUGGUGUUAUCAACUGAGUUCAGUAAUGUGAAUUGGCCAACGUGAAGAGUUUUUAUUGAGUGUUGGCGUCAGAGCGUUAGAAACUCUUUACGGUGGCCAAUUUACAUUAUCAUCUCAGUUGGUAAAACCAAAUUAGCAGAUGCAGACUAUAAUUUUUGUGUAAGUUCAUCAUAAUUAGUUUUUCCUUCUCUAUUACAGGCUAAAGAAGAAAUGGCUUGGAAAAUUGCUAAAAUGAUAAUUGAAGACGUAAAGAAAGAGCAAACUGGAAAUACUUCAGCAGGCUUAUGGACAGAGGAUGAUGAUAUGGCCUGAAUCGGAAAGGAACAGUUCAAUAUCACAAUGUGUUCGGGUUAACUGUCAGGCAAACUCUUUAUAAUGUCCCUGUUUUCUUGAAAUAGUUUUCUUUUAGUGAAGUGCCAUUUAAACCAAACCCAUAAAAUCAAAACAAAGAUUAAUAUCUUACGAGCCGAAGUCAACAUAUGUGAUCAGCUUCAAGCGCGGGAAAACGCGGGAAAACGCGAAUGUCUAAGCAAUGGCUUUGUUUCUGAUUGGCUGGCAAAGUAGCGUAGGUUUUCUAAACCAAUCAGAGAGCUUGUAAACCAAAUCCUUGAAUGCUCUCCAAGAUUAUCUUCCACGUUAAAUUGGAAAACUGUUGUUUCGUUAGAAUGCGCCAUUUAGGUGUAGACAUUAAAAGGUAGCAACAUUUUUCGACAGUUUAUCUUAUUUACAGAUAGGCACGUAAGAAUGUGAAGAAAAAGUAGUAUUUUUUAAGACCUUUUUCGAUUUUAGCAUAGAGUUUAAACUUCUCUCAAAUUUUCAAGAAGAUGUAUGAAUUAACAGUAUUUGUAAGUACAAACAAGGGAGAGCGCGCCAUCCCUACAGUGGUACAUUGAAUGUAUAUAGGUAUCUUUUUUGUUAUUGACCUCGAAAUUUAACAUGGAGAUUUUUAGGAAAACUUAUCUCUUCCCCCGUAUGAGCUGAUCUAGAAAGACAGAUUUGUACUUAGUAAGCAUGACAUUUGAAAUGUUGUUUGGAAUUUAUUGAUAAUAACAGAUUUAUAGUUAUCAUAACAACAAAUAGAUUAAUUAGUUCAAAGUACAUAAACGAGGAUAUUCUACUGUUUAUUGUUUAUUCCAUCCUCUGCGUGAACCCUUUCACUCCCAAGAUCUCAUUGGUAAUUCUCCUUACUGUCUGCUAUACAAUUCUAGUGAUAUUAGUUUCGAGAAUUUAGUAUUGGAUGAGUUACUAGUCGCCUAAUUGAUAUUUUUCUUUGUUCUCAUCACUUGUCUGCUUGAUAUUGUAUUGAUAGUGUAAGGAGAAAUUCUAUCUUGAUCGCUCAUGGGAAUUAAAGGGUUAAUUUUUCUUCUUGUGACGGC